AUGACCUCUCUUGACCUUUCAAUUGGAUUUAUUUCUAAAGAAAUUGAUUCGUGUGACUUUCUGAAUGUUAAUAAGCCAAUAGUAGUUGGUAUCAGUGGACCUCAAGGAUCGGGAAAGUCAUACCUAGCUAAUCACUUGACAGCUGCCUUGCAGAAAUCAUACCCUCAUUUGAACAUUAUUCACUUCCUGAUGGAUGAUUUAUACCUAACCAAGAAAGAUCAAGAUGAAGUCACAAAAGCGUCAAUUGAAUCAGAAAACAAACUAUUGCAAGGCAGAGGUUUACCUGGAACUCAUGAUUUACCAUUAGCACUACAAAUUUUUCAUGCCUUAAUUAACAAUUAUUCUGUAUCACCUUGGAAGUCAGUUGAAAUUCCAUUCUAUGAUAAAACUGCUUAUCAUGGACUUGGAGAUAGAGCAGAUAAAUCUCAAUGGCAAAUAAUUGAUACACCAGCUGAUGUGAUUAUAUUUGAAGGGUGGUUUAACGGAUUUGUCCCUCUCGGUCGAGAACAAGUUGACGCUACUUAUUUUACUUCGGAAGUUGGUGGUGUCUUACAAAAGUCACGUUAUUACCAUAUUCAGGAAAUCAAUGAUAACUUGCAACCCUAUACUAAAUUAUGGUCGUUUUUUGACAAAUUUAUUGUAUUGUGUACUAAUUCUAUUGACAACGUUUAUACUUGGCGUUUGCAACAAGAAAAAGAAUUGAUUAAACAAAAAGGUUCAGGAAUGACUGAUGAACAAGUUGAAAAGUUUGUUGACAGAUAUAUGCCGAUGUAUAUUUUAUACUAUGAGCAUUUAUGCUCUAAUGGAUUGGACCAUUGUUCCAAUUUGAAGAUUUCUAUAGACUUAAAUAGAAACGUUGUAGAGACACGCCAGUGCUAG